CAUAACGUAGUCACCAGCGAAAGAUUCGUGCAACCGUUCGUGCCAGCCACAAGGCGAGAGACUUUCGAGCGGACCGGUCGGGAACCAACUCAUCAUCAGCAAACAUGAGAGAAAUCGUUCAUAUGCAAGCUGGCCAGUGCGGCAACCAGAUUGGCGCUAAGUUCUGGGAGGUGAUCUCAGAUGAGCAUGGCAUUGAUCCCACUGGUACCUACCAUGGUGACUCUGACCUACAGUUAGAGCGCAUCAAUGUCUAUUAUAAUGAGGCCACAGGGGGAAAGUAUGUUCCUCGUGCCAUCCUGGUUGACCUUGAGCCUGGAACAAUGGACUCGGUCCGCUCCGGUCCCUUUGGCCAGAUUUUCCGUCCAGACAACUUUGUCUUUGGACAGUCAGGGGCAGGUAACAACUGGGCCAAGGGACACUACACAGAGGGAGCAGAGCUGGUCGACUCUGUCCUUGAUGUCGUUCGCAAGGAAGCCGAGAGCUGUGACUGCUUGCAGGGCUUCCAGCUGACCCACUCACUGGGUGGUGGCACUGGCUCUGGUAUGGGCACCCUGCUCAUCUCCAAAAUCCGUGAAGAAUACCCAGACAGAAUCAUGAACACAUUCUCUGUCGUCCCUUCACCAAAGGUAUCUGACACAGUAGUCGAGCCCUACAAUGCAACUCUGUCCGUGCAUCAGCUGGUGGAAAAUACAGAUGAAACCUACUGCAUCGACAAUGAGGCCCUGUAUGAUAUUUGUUUCCGCACUCUCAAACUGACCACACCUACCUAUGGUGACCUCAACCAUCUUGUGUCGGCCACCAUGUCUGGUGUCACCACCUGCCUGCGGUUCCCUGGCCAGCUGAAUGCCGACCUCCGUAAACUGGCUGUCAACAUGGUUCCCUUCCCUCGUCUUCACUUCUUCAUGCCUGGCUUCGCUCCCCUCACCUCUCGCGGUUCCCAGCAGUAUCGCGCCUUGACAGUGCCAGAGCUCACUCAGCAGAUGUUUGAUGCCAAAAACAUGAUGGCUGCAUGUGACCCACGUCAUGGCCGAUACUUGACUGUUGCUGCAAUUUUCCGUGGUCGCAUGUCCAUGAAGGAGGUGGAUGAGCAGAUGCUGAAUGUUCAAAACAAGAACAGCAGCUACUUUGUGGAGUGGAUCCCCAACAACGUCAAGACUGCUGUCUGUGACAUUCCACCCCGUGGUCUGAAAAUGUCCUCCACCUUCAUCGGCAAUUCCACAGCCAUUCAGGAGCUGUUCAAGCGUGUCUCAGAACAGUUCACUGCCAUGUUCCGCCGAAAGGCUUUCCUCCACUGGUACACUGGUGAGGGCAUGGAUGAGAUGGAGUUCACAGAGGCUGAGUCGAACAUGAAUGAUCUGGUUUCUGAGUACCAGCAGUACCAAGAUGCCACAGCCGAGGAGGAGGGCGAGUUUGACGAGGAGGAAGAGGCUGAGGAGGCCUAAAGCAUCGUUGAACUGUCCAACAGGAUCAAAGAACAAACAAAACACUCCUACUGAAGUUUUUUAAACACCACCAGACUAUUUCUAUUGGAAGCACAAACUUUCCAAAUCACGACAAUAAUGCUGAGUUCAGUUUUCUGACCUCACUGUUCAAGAAACGUGACACUGUAGUAACUCCUACUGUUUCAAGAUGUCUAGACCUUUGUAUCUGUGCUUUUGCAGAAGCAGAUCAUGAAAAGAUGUUUUCAUGUUGACAAAUUAUUCAUCUUGGCAUUUUUCUGAGAGAGAUAUUUAUGACAAAAGGAGUUCUCCUGAAAAUGAAGCUUGGGUUUUCUUCUCACUGAUUUUAUCCUUAACCUUUGCAAGAAUCUAAUUUCUGUAACACAAGAUUAGCUUAAUUGAUUCAGAUCUUUUGCAAUAGCCACAAGCAAUUCUUAUAAUGAAUAAAACUUGGUAGAAAACUGUGAUAUUCUAUAUAAUUUUGAAAAUUUACUCAGUUUCAUAAGAUUAUGCAUAAUAAAACAAGGAUUGUGCAAUUUCUUUUACAAACAAAAUUGUAGUUCUUUUGAUAAGAAAUUGGCAAGCAUUUUCUUUAUACAAAAUUGUAGUUCUUUUGAUAAGAAAUUGGCAAGCAUUUUCUUUCUUUUUUUUUUUUUUUUUUGGUUAACCCAAGCUAGGUUGUGAGCUUUGCAUUAAUGACUUUAUCUCUUAAUAAAGCAUUCUGACUCAGCAAAAA